AUGGAGUUUGAAGAUGAAUUGAUAGGCUUCGGAAGCAAUAUGCCUCCAGCGCCAUCACUGUCAAAUGGUCGGCGAUCUCCACGCGUUCGUCAAUCGGCACCGCAAGAAUCUGUCAAGCUCUUCUGGGAACAGUUCAACACCAAGUACCCGGGAAAGGUGUAUACGGUGCUGCCGGGCAAUCCCUACGCGCGUACCAGAGCCAAGCGAGUACCCAACGGAGUGAUCCAGGGCCAUGCAGCGGUGAAAUCGUACGAGCAAGCGAGACAAGAAUGCCAGAGAUCCGUGGAUCGGAUCGUGAAGGAGUGUCGCCGUGUCAACCAGAAGUAUACGGAUCCGCAUUUUGAUAUCGAGAUGGAUCUCAAAUCGAAUCGCCGACAUUACCUGGAUGAGCUAGAUCGGCCCAAUGAUAUCAUGAAGCCCCGUGGGGUGAAAAGAGUAACGGAUAUCUUCGAGAACCCUCAGUUCUACGUCAACGGACCUACGGCUUCAGAUGUGCGUCAGGGCUAUGAUGGUGAUUGCUGGCUCAUGGCAGCUCUUUGCACAAUGGGGAACAAGGAAGGGUUGAUCGAGAAGGUCUGCGUGGCUCGAGACGAAACCAUUGGAAUUUAUGGAUUCGUAUUUUAUCGCGAUGGGGAAUGGCAGCAAUGUAUCGUCGAUGACAAGCUCUACCUCCGAGCGGCCAACUACGACGAGUCCAACGAUGAGAGAAUGGCCUGGGAUAUGAUCAAUCGAAGCAACGCCGAAGAAGAGUAUCGCCGUGUGUGGCAGACAGGAUCUCGUGCCUUGUACUUUGCGCAAUGUGUGGAUCCCAAUGAGACCUGGUUGCCUCUUUUAGAAAAGGCCUUUGCCAAGGCGCAUGGUGACUACUCAGCCAUCGAGGGUGGCUUCGUCGGUGAAGCAAUCGAGGACAUGACGGGAGGUGUGACGUCUGAGAUCUUGUCGAGCGAUAUCCUCGACAAGGACCGCUUCUGGACGGAGGAGCUUAUGAAAGUGAAUGAUGAGUUUCUGUUCGGCUGCGGUACUGGUUUAUUCUCCAACUGGUUGGAUUCUCAAUCGCCGCCACGCGAUCGAAAGGGCAUCUCAGAGAACCAUUCGUAUUCUAUCAUGGAAGCAAGAGAAGUCAAGGGCAAGCGGCUGUUACGACUGCGAAACCCUUGGGGCAAGAAGGAAUGGCAAGGACCCUGGAGUGAUGGCUCACAGGAGUGGACCGCCGAGUGGAUGCAAUUGCUCGGGCACAGAUUCGGAGACGAUGGAUUCUUUUGGAUCACGUAUGAAGAUCUCCUGAGGCAGUAUCAACAUUUCGACCGCACUCGUUUGUUCGGCGAUGAAUGGACGGUGACCCAGCAAUGGACGACUCUCAAUGUGCCUUGGUCAGCUGACUACCACAGCACCAAGUUUGUCAUGAAGGUGACACAGGCCGGACCCACGGUCAUUGUUCUUUCUCAGCUGGACAACCGAUACUUCAACGGCCUCGCCGGAGAGUACAGCUUCAUCUUGAAAUUCCGCCUGCAGCGCGAGGGCGACGAAGACUACAUCGUGCGCAGCCACAGCAGCCAUUUUAUGACGCGCUCUGUCAAUGCCGAGAUUGAUCUCGAACCGGGCCGCUACCAUGUCUUGAUGAAGAUCACAGCCUACCGGCACGAAGAUGCGGAGUCUACGGAAGAAACCGUUCGCCGCUUAGCUUCUACGCACCGGGAGAAGCUCGUACAAGUGGGACUCUCGUAUGAUCUGGCUCAUGCAAAGGGCCUCGUUGCUGAGACCGAGCAAGAAAGGCUGGAAUCCGAGCGUCGUAAAGCUGCAGAGUGGAGAAAACUGUGCGAAGAGACCAAGUUGAAGAAGCAGAAAGCAUGGAUCCGAGAGCGUAAGAUGGCCGCGCGCCAGCAACGUCAAUCGGCGAGCCGUUCUCUUGGAACGGCAAAUGACGUUCCUCAGGAUCGCAGCUUUGGCCCUGGUCAAAUAUUGUCCGACAGCAAGACCGCCGAGUCCCCAUCGGACAUGGGAAGUAUUUCCAGCGGUCCCGGUGAUCGCAAAGCAACUGUCGGCCGAGGCACAAACGAUUCUAUGCCGCCAAUCUAUUUCAACGGGGAGAGUACGCCUCAAGGGAAUGGUUCAGGCGGGUUAAGAAUCGACUUUGGCCGCAUGAGCUUGCAAAGUCGACUUGCGACUCAUGAGUUGAGCCCCACAGACCAGGAACUCCUUGACGGAUUCGAGUUCGACAGUGAUCUGGACAUGCCCGUUGACGACCCCAAGAGUCGUCCGCCAGUUGCUGACGUGGAAAGUCCGGCGGGGGAUCCGUGGAAUGCGGUUUGCGUCGUGGGACUUCGCGUCUACUCCAAGGACCCAAAGCUGAGUUUGCAGGUCAUGCGGCCUGUGCCGGAUGAAGAUGCGGAAGCGCCUUUAGAUCGAGAUGAUCCUGCUGCUCUGACGCGGUCGCUGGAUCCGGGGACCUCGACGCAGAAUCAAGUCUUUACACCGGGGUCGAAUGUCAUCGUGUAUCUCCCGCCAGGUCCAUUGUGCCAGGGAUACCCCGACAAUCCCCGUGGAAAGGAUGAAAGGCUCUGUAAAGAAUAUGCCGCACAAGACUCUCACCAAACUCAAUGGCAUUUCAAAAGGCCCAACGAUCACACUGGUCCUUCGACUCAGCAGAUGCUCGCCGCGCAAACUUCCGCAACAGUCGUGACGGUAAACUACCGACUUGGUGCAUUCCCGCCCUCUCGCCAAAGUGCAUUCAGUCGUCUCGUCCGUGAUGGUAUUGAUUAUUCUACUCAAUCAGCCACGGAGACCGUGCCAGAAAAGCUCUCGUCGGAGCAAUCUGCAGCCCCAGAGUCCCAACAAUCCUUCUUCCAGUAUCCGACUCCAAUCCACGACACUCUAUGCGCAUUUGAUUGGAUCCAGUCCCAUCUUGCUCCAGCUCAAUUGGGAAUCUACGGCUCUCACAUCGGCGGCUCCCUUGCGCUGAUGCUCGCUCUCACCGAAGCACAAUCUGUCAAGGCCGUGGCGACUCAUCUGCCGAUUUGUGAUUGGACAAGUCUGGAUGAGUACUGUUUGACCGAACACCCCGAUAUCGCUUCCGCCAACCACACCAGCGUAGAAUCGACGGGGACAAAACGGGGCUCUACCAGGAAAAGGAACAGGAAAUCCUCGCUGGUCGCGGUUGCCCCGGCAGACCUGCUUCCACUACUUGACGCUCGCCGGGCACUAUUCCCUUCGCCAGAACGAUGCUUUGAUGCGUUCGCAUCGCCGAUGUUGUUUCUGCGCUCGGCAGGACGGGAGGUCCCGCGUGUGUUUCCGGAAUAUUUGUCUGGGCCCGAGUAUCCUGUCCCCGUCCUGAAGAGCUCAAAAAAAGCGAGAAGCGUGCCGGACGACAAUUUGCUAGUGCUAGAUGAAUUGUCCCUGACUGAGACCAAUGAGACCGUUGAUUGUGACGGAGAAGAUGCAGGUCAGACGACGGUUCGCCGCCGAAAGGCCUUAUCGCGCUGGCCACCGUAUGGACUGGACUAUGGUGCUGGGGGACGCGGAUGGAGCGGAAGCGGUGUUCGUAGACUAGAGGUUACUUUGCCUUGGGUGAGAAUCGACGUAACUGGCACGACGAGUGGUGGAAAUGAAGCCGGUAGCAGCAGAAGUGUGCUUGCAGACCAAGGCGAGGAGAUGGUGUCCAUUAUGCGGCGGGCUUGCUUCUUUGGGAAGGAGAAGGGGUUUGGGGAGAGGAGGGUGGUUCUGGCGAAAGAGAUUGGGCAGGUUGGGUUGGGUCUUGCUGGUGAUGUCGGGCAUUGGCUUGGAGCAAAGUUUGAUGGGACAACACAAGAGGAGUAG